CAACAUCUAAUCUAUCAGCUGUGCCGUUGAAAAUCUUUGAUAUCUCCCAAGACUUCUUUCGUAUCACCCACUCACCUCCUCCUUAUCCAGGCUGAAUUUGGCAUCUGACUGCAUUCCUAUCUCUGAUGAGCUUUGGAUGCGGUUUACCAGGUGUUCAGGGUUCUUAUGUCACUUGGUUGCUACAGCGCCUAGAGUCAUCCUUCAAUUGAGAGAUUCUUAACCAUCCUUUCCGUGAUUAGCAGCUCCCUAGGCAUGCGGCGCAAACACAUGAUAAUCCAAGAAAAAGAGGUAGGGGGUAAGAGAGAGCACGCACCGGAAACUUGUUCUUCCCGAUGAUAUGAACUUUAUCCAAAAUUACUCUGUUUGUCGCGAAUCACCAACAUCUCCAAGGCUUUUCGCAAGACAUGUUGUAGAAUUUGACAUAUACUACCUAGCAGGCAUAUAUGAACAUGGGCUGGCUCGCUGGUUCAGGGGCAUUUAAUCUCUCUUCUUCUUCCAUUUCUUCUCUGUGUCGUAUCGUAUCGUCUCGUAUUCGCACCCGCCGUUCUCCGUUUCCUGCCACAAGAUAAGAAAAAAGCAAAUGGAAACAAAAUGAAAGAAAACUUCAAUCCCCAUCACCACAACGCCAUCCAUCACCCUUUUUCGAAUUUCUGUCAUUAUGCCGGUACAGAAAUACAUAGAUAAAACGGUGCCAGAGUACCGUCACCCAAUGAAAACAUUUGCUGUACGAUUAGCUCUACUUCCGUUCCUCACAGCCACAAUGUUGAGAGUUCGCAUUGACUUGAUUUUUGGAUGUUUGAAACCUCACCUCACCACCUCAUUUCACGACACUACACGUACUCACACAUGAGGGUACCUCGUGAAAAGGGUGGAGUUCAUCACGAGAAAUACGAUUGAUAGAUUGUGAGACAUUUUUGAUUUAUACAUUUACACAAGCCUACCUAGGCUCGAGCUAGGUACUUACAUACACACAGUCAAUCAAUCAAAUGAAAUUUCCUGCCACUCAACGUCAAUCAAUCAUUUUGAGUUUCCUUCUCCGGAAUUUGAAUGGACAUUGUCAUCUUCCGACAUGGAAACAUGACUCCCCUGCUUCCUGCCUCCCCUAGGGUAGCCUGUCAGUGACAGCGUCAGGUCGCCUAUUCGGGUCAAUAUAUGAUCCUUUGCUGGCACAUAUGCAGUCGUUCGCCAACUCCAUAUCCCCAGUCCACCAAGUGAGUGCAGUGCAUAUCCAACAGUAGGUGAAGAGUAAGAACAAAAUGGGGUUCAACAACUGGUUUGUGUUUACCCCACAGUACUCUAUUUUCCCCGCAUCUUGAUCUGCAGAAGCCUACAAUUCUCGACAAUUCAACCGCUUCGGAAAAACUCUCCCUCGGUAUAUCCAUUGACCGAGUUUUGGAGAAUCAAUUACUGAUGCGACUUUGAGUUCGUUCCUGAAAGUGUACAAAUGGCGUGGGUUUCCGCCGAAAUUCGAUCGACAACGAAGCAUUGUGCGCCCAUACAGAGUGCUGCUCUCAAAUCAUGGCUACAAUCACACGGUUAAUUGCUCUUGUAGCAAUUUCCCUGUCUUUAGAUUUGGUUUCUGCUCAAGCAUGCUGGAAAAACACAACUUGCAGUGGACCGCUGGAACCUGCCUUUCCGGGCCCUUGGGAUGCAAAUAUCUAUGCGCCUUCGAGUCGCCAGGUAUCUCCGAAAUCCGUCUUAUCCACAACAACCGGAGCUGUUCUGUCUAACUUCACGGGAUUAAUUGGACUUUCUGGAAAUGGCUCGAAAUAUACUCUUGACUUUGGUAAAGAGGUGGGCGGACUUGUGACCCUCAAAUACACUUCCUCGGGGCCUGGUGCAAUCGGGCUGGCAUUUACAGAGGCCAAAGAUUACAUCGGGGAAUGGUCGGACUCGUCCAAUGGAGGGUUCAAAGGACCGGAUGGCGCUAUUUAUGCAAACUUCACAUCAGCUGGUACCGGAACAUAUACCAUGCCGGAUCUUUCGCUUCGUGGAGGUUUCAGAUACUUGACCUUGUUCUUACUUACAAACGGUACCACAAAUGUCAAUAUUAGCAGCAUCGUUCUUGAGAUUGGAUUUCAGCCAACAUGGUCCAAUUUACAAGCAUACCAAGGAUACUUUCACAGCAGCGAUGAAAUGCUAAACAAGAUUUGGUACUCUGGUGCAUACACGUUGCAAACAAAUGCAGUUCCUGUGAAUACUGGGCGUCAAAUCCCUACUGUUAAAGUGGGAUGGGCAAACAAUGGUACUAUGGGACCGGGUGAUACCAUCAUUGUGGAUGGAGCAAAGCGAGAUCGAGCUGUUUGGCCUGGUGACAUGGGUAUUGCUGUUCCAUCGACCUUUAUCAGUAUUGGUGACCUCGUCAGUGUCAGAAAUGCACUUCAAGUUAUGUACAACUACCAGAACAAUGUGACGGGCGCAUUCCCAGAGGCGGGGCCACCCUUACUACAACUGGGCUCUGAUACAUAUCAUAUGUGGACUAUGAUUGGAACUUACAACUAUGUUCUUUACACCAAUGAUACUUCAUUCCUCUUGCAAAACUGGGCGAAGUAUCAAUUAGCGAUGAAUUAUGUUUAUGGAAAAGUCAGCGCUCCUGGCCUGCUUGAAGUCACAGGAAUUCGUGAUUGGGCCCGUUGGCAACAAGGUUUUAAUAACAGUGAAGCACAAAUGAUUCUCUAUCGAACUCUUCUUACUGGUGCUGAUUUGGCCAAAUGGGCUGGUGAUACCACCAAUUUGACGGCGACAUGGACUAGUCGUGCUGCUUCUCUCAAAACAGCCGUCAAUAAGUACUGCUUUGAUUCAUCUUAUGGAUCCUUCAAAGACAAUGCAACAGCAACUACAUUACAUCCUCAAGACGCAAAUAGCAUGGCGCUUUUGUUCGGAGUUGUUUCCCCAACUUCUCCUACAGCUCAAACUAUUUCCACCAAUCUUCUCAAGAAUUGGACCCCAAUUGGAGCCGUCGCACCCGAACUUCCAGAAAACAUAUCCCCUUUCAUAUCGAGUUUCGAGAUUCAAGCCCACUUUACAAUUGGAGAGACGAGUCGUGCGCUCGAUCUCAUCCGUCGAUGUUGGGGUUGGUAUCUCAACAACCCUAAUGGAACCGAAAGCACAGUCAUCGAAGGCUAUCUCCAAAAUGGUACCUUUGCAUAUCGAUCAAGCAGAGGUUACAUGUAUGAUACCUCGUACGUAUCUCACGCACAUGGCUGGUCUUCAGGUCCCACAUCUGCCCUCACAGAAUUUGUAUUAGGUCUUAGUGUUACUAGCCCCGUGGGCAAAACGUGGAAAUUAACUCCACAAUUCGGAGACUUGACGAGUGCAGAAGGUGGAUUUGUCACUGCAUUGGGAAAAUUCCAAGCGGCUUGGAAUCUUACGAAGACGGGAUACACGUUGGAUUUUGCAGUGCCGGAAGGCACUACAGGGUCAUUGAUCUUACCGGUAAGAAAGGCGGGGGUGGUGCCAAGUAUUGUUCUUAAUGGAAAAGAAAUUAAGGGGUCAAGGGACUUGAAGGUUGUAAAUGGGGGUGUGGCGUUGGAGACUAAUGGUGGAAAACAUAGUAUAGUUGUUCGUUGAAGAUCUACAUUCUACCUUUCAACAUGUAUUUACCACAACACUAUCAAGACUCGGAUACCCCAGUAUACAAUCUGGAUUUGCAUUUUAAAUCUUGGCUGUGAACAUGAAUUCCAUGGAAUAUCUGAAA